AUGAAUGGGGGUUCGGGAGCCAUGUCGCCUGUCUCUGUUGAUGGCAGCGAAUGGUCUGGACUAAAUCAGUACGGGAAAUCCGAAUCACCAUUCUCACCAACAUUCCCAUCACGAACCAACCUAGCCACACCUCCGACUUCCGGCAUUCCGAGCGCACCCCUAAGUCCUAGUGGCGUACCUCCUGCGCUGUCACCUUCAACCCCGAACGGCAAUCCAUCCCCACCCAGUUCGGUCGCUGCAAGAUCCAGUUCCGGGACAUUAGGAGACGCUCAGCGCGAUGGAAGGCGGUAUCGUCAGAUGGAAGAGAUACUGGGCCAGCAUUAUGUGGUCCUGAAACGAUUCCUGAAUGGUACAGCUCGCGAUGGUGGGAAAUCAAAUAAAGCCCGGGACAAACUACUGCGGCUAUCGCCAACCCAGUUCCAUGAACUUUCUACCGAUGUUUACGACGAAUUGAUCCGGCGGCAGCAGGCCUCGCCGCCUCCCGGACGACCACCUCGUCCAGACGUACCUCCUUAUCUCCCCGCUCGCCCCGACUUCCACGAAAAGCGCAACCAUGCCCGCCAAAGACUUGCUGCGCUACACCAUGUGCGUUUCCGAGAUCUCGCGACCGAUGUCUUCUGUGAGCUCGAGCGCCGCUUCCCGCAUUUCACAAGCCGAGAUUACCGCGGCCGCCCGCCUCCAAAUAUGGGCCCGCCCAGCUCUCGUACCUCGCAGCAGUCAUCCCGGGGACCUCCUUCCCGUAUGGGACGAGGGUACCCGUCAGGCGGUCCUCCAGGCAGUCCGUUUCCUCCGCGUUCUGGAUCUCUUGGAGGCCCACCGAGUAUGAAUGGGGAUGGACCAUUUCCUCGGUCUUUCCAGAGCAAUACGAUGGUUCCGAAUAAAAGCACAAUGGUGGAGGACAGCGAUGAUAUGGGACCAGAGGACGAGGAUGAUGCUCGGAGUGAUGCGUUCGCUCUAGAUGCUGUUCUGAGCCGACGGGGUACUACAACGACCUUGGGUGAUAGUGAACGGAGACUGCUACUGGAGAGCCAGACGCAAGUGUCGAUUCUUCAGGAAAAAAUUGAAAAGUUGGAAGAAUUGGUCCGCUCCAAGGACGAGGAGCUGGCCCAGUCAUCACAAGAUGCAGAUUCCUCCGGGAUCAGUCAUAGCGAACGCCAGGAGUGGGACGACUUACGGCAUGACCUUGAGAACAAGGUAUCAAAAGCGGAGGAUCUUAACAGCUCGCUUCAGCUGGAGCUUGAGCGAGUUAGAACCGAGCACGACACCAUGGAACGGGAUCUUCGCAGCCAGCUCAACGAGUCUUCCCGGGGGGUUGAUGAUGCAGGUCUACAAGCACGCUAUGAUGAUCUAGAGGCCCAGCACCAGAGGCUGCAAGUAGAGUUGCAGCAGCAGCGACAAGUGACCGAUGAGGUUCGCCGCGAGGCAUCCACUUUCCUCAUGGAAAUGAAGACCCUUUCAGCCGAGAGUCACUCCAAUUGGGAGCGCGAAGAACAGCUCUCGAACGAGGUCCACAGACUCGAGGCAGAUGCCAAUGAAUGGAAGAACCGCUAUGCUAAGGUCAAGGCACAGCUGCGGCAGCUUCGCACAUCGUCUGGUGGUUUCGCCGACUCGCGGCCCGACGCAAGUCUUGUUGCGAAAGAGCAUGAAUUGGUGCAAGCCGAUGGACUGGUCAAGGAUACUCACGUUACUAAGUUCCAGUUGUCUGUGGACGAGCUCCUGCGCGUUGCGCGUUUCGAGGAAUCGCACGUGGUGCUCCACCAGAUCAAGAUGGUCAUUGGAACUGUCCGCCAUAUUCUCCAGGACGUGGAAUAUUCCCCGAUCCCGGUGGAUGGAUCGGCUGCUCUGCGCGCUAAAGUUAAGGGCCAGGUGUCUACGACUGCAAACAACAUGAUCACCGCCACGCGCAACUUUGCGGGCUCUAGUGGUCUCUCUCCGGUGUCGCUCCUCGAUGCAGCGGCCUCCCAUCUUUGCACGGCUAUUGUUGAUUUGAUACGGGUAGUGAAGAUCCGGGCAUCUCCUGUAGAUGAGUUGGAGGAUGAAGAUCACGAGGCAGAUGUAUCUCAGGAGCAAUUCCCUGACUAUUUCGAUACAUCUGCCAGUCAAAAGCGGAUGAGCAAUAACUCCGUCUACAGUGCUAUCAGUCGUCCGGAUGACUCUCAGUACGCUGUACAGAAUGGUACUACCAAUGACCUCAAUCAUGGCUGGGGUCAUGUGCAAGAAGAUCACGAGGUGUUGGAGCUUAAGCUCUAUGUCGAGGACCAGACAGAUGGCAUGGUCCAGCAAAUUCAGGCUUUGGUGGCCAGUAUCCGAGCCGAGGACAACCUGCAUACUGUCCAGACACAUGUCUCUGCCAUUUCGAACGUCGUUGCGAAUGUCGUUUCCGCUACGGAGCACCUGAUGCGGGAACGCAGUGGAGACAUCGCUUUGCGCCAAACGUCGGAGCCAGUCAUUGCAGCCUUGGACCAGUGCCGCGGCCGGUUGGCGGCGACUGCUGAUGAGGGUGAACACGCCACCACCCCUGAACAAUUGCGCGAGCUCACGAACAAACUCCCUCCUAUUGCAUUUGAGAUUGCUCGGCAGACCAAAGACCUUGUUCAGCGCCUCGAGGCCACAUCGGUACUUGCUGACGAGGAAGAUGACGAUGACUUCCGCCCGGCUCCCGAGUUUACCCGCUCCGCCCUGCCCCUCACCAUGUUCUGCCGACUGAGGUCAAUAACCCCACCUUCUUCCCUCUUCUCUUCUUCUCUCUUCAAUUGCACUUCUUUCCACCCCGCUGCCCGAUCUUUCGCUUCAUCAACCGCCGCUAUGUCCAACACUUCCGCUUUCUUCGAGGUCCAGUACGCCCCUGCUGGCUCCUCUACCCCCAAGACUGGCCGUAUCAACUUCAACCUCUUCGCCAACGAGGUCCCCAAGACUGCCAAGAACUUCGCUGAGCUUUGCAACAAGAAGGAGGGUGAGGGCUACAAGGGCUCUUCUUUCCACCGUGUCAUCCCCCAGUUCAUGCUCCAGGGUGGUGACUUCACCCGUGGCAACGGUACCGGUGGCCGCUCCAUCUACGGUGAGAAGUUCGCCGAUGAGAACUUCAUCCACAAGCACACCCGCCCUGGUCUCCUGUCCAUGGCCAACGCUGGCCCCAACACCAACGGCUCCCAGUUCUUCAUCACCACCGUUGUCACCUCUUGGCUCGAUGGUAAGCACGUCGUCUUCGGCGAGGUCGCUGAUGAGGAGUCCAUGAAGGUCGUCAAGGAGAUUGAGGCUCUCGGCUCCGGCUCCGGUUCCAUCCGCUCCGCUGUCAAGCCCACCAUCAUCAACUGCGGUGGUAACUAA